AUUCUGAACUUAAACAACGCGUUGAGGCACUCUCCAAAAUGGCGGAAGACGGUAAAUCGGGGAGAAGAAUUGCUGAAUAAAUUUUGUUAUUAUUGUUUUCUUUGCGCUCAAAAAGUAUUUUCGUAGUUUUGUAAAAUUAAGGUUGAACCCCUGAUAUCACGUGGACGUUUUACAGAUGUCCUUACUACGUUUCUGUGCGUUGAUCGUGGUAAUAUCUUUGCUGUCUAUGGAAGGUCAGAAAGCUCUGAGAUUCGAUCAACAAUAUCUUAAUUUAUGUUCCGAAGAUGAACGAAGGUCUUACGGGUUUGGAACGACAUGAGGGGGGGGCAUGCGUUUCUCUUGAAGAAAACAACUCGCAUGUCCCAUUGAAAAACAGCUGAGGAUCCGAAAGGAAGGAGCGGAUGAGGAGAGAGAGACAGAGAGAGAGAGAGAGAAGCAGACAAAAGAAGCUGCGGCUGCGUUGAGUGUCGCGUCUUGGGAGCACGAUAGCUGGCCAUCCACUUGGUUUCUUUAUUAUUUUCAUCAGUAAAACACAUCAAGGGCGGGGGAGCUCUGAGGCCCGAACGCGUGCAUUCUGAUAUUUGGAGGUGCGUCGUAGCGAGGGACUCGAUACCGGACUGGGCGCAUCUUAUAUCGCGCGAUAAAGCAGAACAAAGGGAGUCUUGAGCGAGGAAUGCGCGAGCCGAGCCUGGCGCCGCCGAAACAGGGCCAAAUGUUCUUCUGAGUCCCACAGAAAGGCGCAAACUCUUCUGAAACAACAUUUAAGGCUGCACCGAAACAGAAGACCCCCAAACCGCAACGAACCCGUUAUUCACCAUGUUUCCCCAGAAUCGACCCUCGAAUGAUCGAUUGGUCCAACCUGUUUUUCCAGGGCACCCAGCUAGUUCUGGAUACGGCCUCUUUCCACUCACCUUGAACAGCUCGAAACAUGAAGAGGUGGUUGGGAUGUGAUACAGCUAUGCUUCAUCAUCUUAAUAAGAGAUCUUCUUCAGUCCAAAUCAUAGCUUUAUGUUUUUAGAUAUAACCUGUUGAAACAGUGGGCAGUUCCUACAAAUUGCCUACUGACACCUGCUGAUUGGUCCUAAUUCUGGCUUCUGGAGGGAUCUGCUCCAGCUAAGACGUCUCCAGCAGAGGAGCACCACUAUCCUUCCUAUGUAAGGCACCUUUGCAACCACCCCCUGGGUCCUCUGCUUCAGCUGCUGCAGCAGCAGCUGCGGCCGCUGCAGCAUCGGGGUCGACCCAACCUCUGAAACUCACUUACUCCGAGACCCUGGACCGCAUAAAGGAGGAAUUCCAGUUCCUGCAGACACAGUAUCACAGUCUGAAGUUGGAGUGUGAAAAGCUGGCCACAGAGAAGACAGAAAUACAGAGACAUUAUGUCAUGUACUACGAAAUGUCCUACGGCCUCAACAUAGAGAUGCACAAACAGACGGAGAUCGCCAAACGCCUGAACGUGAUUUGUGCCCAGCUCAUUCCAUUCCUGUCACAGGAGCACCAGCAGCAGGUGGUCCAGGCCAUGGAGCGCGCCAAACAGGUGACUAUGGGGGAGUUGAAUGCGUCGAUAGGGGUACGUGGACUCCCCCCUCUGCCUCCCACACAACAGCUGCAGGCCCAGCACCUUUCCCAGCAUGCUGCCCAGGGGCUGUCCAUGGCCCCUCACCCCUCCGGCCUGCCUCACCCGGGACUGGCUUUGGGGGGCGGCUCUGGGCUGCUGGCCCUUUCCGGGGCCCUCGGGGCCCAGCUAGCCUCUAAAGAUGAGCGAGCCCAUUUGGAGGCUGUGGCAGCGGCGGCCGCAGCCGAACACCACAGAGACUGGCCGCGGGGACGUUUUCCUGCCCUUCCCAUGAUCCCCACAGACCGUGAACCUGGACCAAGUUCACUUUCUAACGGAGACAAAGGCAGGCCUUCAGACUACCUCAGCAACGGAAAAAAGAGAAAAGCAGAUGAGAAGGACUUUAUGACCGACUACGGCAGCGACGCGGAGAAGAGCGAUGACAAUUUGGUCGUUGACGAGGACCCUUCUUCUCCAAGGAGUGUGCAGUCAUACUCCUCCAGAGAGAACGGAUUAGAUAAACUCCCUCCUUCCCGUAAGGAGCCUCUGCCCCAGGCCAGUCCGACCUCGCUGGCUUCCUCCAGCAGUGCUGCUUCCCCUUCACGCAGCAAGGAGCCUCCACCGAGAGAGAAGUCCAGCACUCCAGGGAUGAAGCCUGGCACGCCCAUGUCCCAGGAGUCAUCCACUCCAGGCCCUAGCGUUCCUCCGCAGUUCCGCCCCGUUCCUGGGAAGCCAGGCGUUGACCCUCUUGCAUUAGGUCUGAGGAACCCAUUGGCGGUGCAGGGCGCGUACCCCCCUGGUGCUUUUGGCCUUCCUCCCCCAGGAGUUAAUGGCGAGUUGGCUGGAGCCGCAGGAUACGGUGCCGGUCUCCACCUCGUCUCCCCUCAGAUGAACGGCUCAGCUGCUGCCGCUGCCGCCGCUGCUGCAGCCGCCGCCGGAUACGGACGCUCACCUGUGGUGGGCUACGAGUCUCCUCAUCCCCAUAUGAGGGUACCAGGGUUACCUGCUAGCCUGCAGUCGGCAGCUUCUGGAAAGCCAGCUUACUCGUUCCACGUGAGCGCAGAUGGUCAAAUGCAGCCGGUGCCCUUCCCUCCUGACGCCCUCCUCGGCCCUGGCAUCCCACGUCACGCCCGUCAGAUCCACACGCUCAGUCAUGGAGAGGUGGUGUGCGCGGUGACCAUCAGCACCUCCACGCGUCACGUCUACACCGGCGGGAAAGGCUGCGUCAAAGUGUGGGACAUCAGCCAACCAGGCAGCAAGAGUCCAAUGGCCCAACUGGACUGUUUGAAUCGAGACAACUACAUCCGGUCGUGCAAACUCCUUCCAGAUGGGCGGACUUUGAUAGUUGGGGGCGAGGCCAGCACGCUGUCAAUCUGGGACUUGGCCACGCCCACUCCACGCAUCAAGGCCGAAUUGACGUCCUCAGCUCCGGCCUGCUACGCUCUGGCCAUCAGUCCCGACAACAAGGUCUGCUUCUCCUGCUGCAGUGACGGAAACAUCGUGGUCUGGGACCUGCACAACCAGACGCUCGUCAGGCAGUUCCAAGGUCACACAGAUGGAGCCAGUUGUAUCGAUAUUUCCAACGACGGGACCAAACUGUGGACGGGGGGUCUGGACAACACUGUGCGCUGCUGGGACCUGAGAGAGGGCCGACAGCUGCAGCAGCAUGACUUCACCUCACAGAUCUUUUCUCUGGGUUACUGUCCUACGGGAGAGUGGCUUGCAGUGGGGAUGGAGAGCAGUAAUGUGGAGGUGCUGCAUGUCUCCAAACCAGACAAAUACCAGCUGCACCUUCACGAAAGCUGCGUUCUCUCGCUCAAGUUUGCCUACUGCGGUAAAUGGUUUGUAAGCACAGGCAAAGAUAAUCUACUGAAUGCAUGGCGAACUCCAUAUGGAUCAAGCAUAUUCCAGUCUAAGGAAUCGUCGUCCGUCCUCAGCUGUGACAUUUCCCCUGACGACCAGUUCAUUGUCACUGGCUCAGGAGACAAGAAGGCUACUGUGUAUGAAGUCAUUUACUAAACUGAAUGUGUUUGGAACGUCAUUCAUAAAAUGAGAAAAACUUAUUGGAUAGAGGAGACCAGAUUCAUCAUUAUUUUGCCUUGAACUUGAGAGACAAAUGGUGUGGCAUGGACGUCAAUAUGGACUCUGAGACGGCGGUAUGGCUGUACUUUUCGACUCCAGGAUCGGAUGGUGGAUCUUCAGAACUGACCUUGUUGUUUUUUUAAUGCUGUGAGGAAAGCUGGUAGACUAGCUUCAAAAACAUGGAAUUUCUCCAAAGACCUCCUCUUUUCUUCUAUCUUUCCUUCCUUUUUUUUUAAACAAGAUGAAACCUCUGUAGUAAAUAUAAUAGUAAAAGAAAUCUUAUUUUUUUAGCCUUCGGAAUUUUCACGGAAAUGGACAAUUAUGGAGCCACAGUGUAUGAAUGAAUUAUGACGAAACCUAAAGGACUGGCCUAUGACUUCUUCGUCGAUCAUUUUCUUAAAAGCUGACCUGAUCUCGGCUCUGUGUUAUGAUUGUAUGGAUGAUGUAUAAGAUGAUGGACUAAGAUGAUGUAGGACAACAAGGCUCUGGAUUUUAGUGUGUCAUUGACUUCAGGGAAACGGCUAUAAAGACACUCAGUUAACGUCCUAUCACGUGAAUACUGUAUGUUGGAGCAUGUUGAAAAUUAUUUUGACCUUGGUCGCAAACUUGGUAUGUAUGAACUGUAAAUAAAGCUCUUUAAAAGCCAAAAGAUG